AAAAAAAAAAAAAACCAAGAACUAUGUAAUGUUUUUAUACACAAAUAUUUAUCAAAUGGGUGAUAUGAAUCCCAUCCUGUCCUUGACACAACUUCCAUUCCAUAUUACAAAUUUAUCAAAUUCCGGCCAAUUAAGUUUUAAGGCGACGAUAAAUAAUAAACAUUUCCUAAAAUAAGAGAGAUCGACCGUAUGUAAUGGCAGUAGUGUAGUCUUCUUCGUCGAGCAACAUGAAUCUAAUGAUGUUACGUCAACUAUUGUGGAUAUGCAUCGUCCCUAUUUUUAAAGCAACUGCAAAUUAUGUUGUUCAGCCUGAUUUUGAUGAGUGCGAUAGAUCUCAAUGUACACCAAUUGAUGAAAUUUUCAAAAGUAAUAUUGACUCAAAAGCCGAGCCGUGCGAUGAUUUUUUCAGAUACGCUUGUGGAAAAAAUUUUACACGACACACAACUUUGGGAAUUGAUUUGAGUGAUAUAUUAUUAUACAAUUCGGAAAAUAAUGACUUAGCCGAUUUGAAAAAAAUAUUGGGAGAGCCUUUCCUCAGUGUAUCCGAUAGUAAUAUCGAUGCAUUAAAAGUUGAAAGAGAAAUAUACGAAAGAUGCCAGAAAGGGACGCACAGUCAUCAGGAGAAGGUACAUUAUGAAAAAUUACUAGUCAAAUACAAAGCUAAUAGGCUUAAUCAAAAUUAUAAUUAUGAUCCGAAUGAUAACGAGCCUUGGUCACGUACCGACCUGAAAUACGCUUUAGGAGGAUUUGGAUUUGCUUUCUUUGACAUCGACAUUAUCCAACGUGAUCACUUAUACACUGGAGAACCUAAACGUUAUAUACAGAUAAGUCCAACGUCCGAUAAUGUCUUAGAUAUGAACGAUUUAUUAACAUCAAAAUAUAUGAAUAUGCCCGAGCGGACUGCCUACAGAGACGUGCAUUCUGGCUAUAAUUAUAAUAAUAAUCAUAACCACGACAAUAAAUAUUUACAAUUGAAGCAUUUCAUUGACGAAUUGAAUAAGAUUGUACCCUAUGAAAAAUAUGAUUCUAGCAAAAGUGAAAAGCCGCCUGAGCCAAGACUUCUUUUGGAAUGGCAAAAAAAAUAUAACGAAUUAGCUUAUGAUUCGCUUUCUAAGAUUGACUGGCUAAAUCUUCUAAAGGAAUUUUUUGCUAAAAUGCACAUCGAAAUCAAUGAAUAUGAGUCAAUUCUUAUAAAAGACGAAAGCUAUUUCUUUCACUUAGCGGAAACUCUGCGCUCAACACACAAUUUCAAUACGAUUGUGGACUAUAUACAUUUAAGAUUUGUUUCAAAGACAAUUGGUUUCGUGGAAAAAGAAUAUCAGGAAAAAUAUUCCAUAAUACCAUCCGUAAAAGGAUUAAUUUGCACACCGGGUUUACUCGUUGGUGCUGCUCAUGUUUAUAUGCAAAGAUAUUUUCCGAAAGACAAUAAAGAAAUAAUUGAUGGAAUAUUUACCGCGGUUAAAGAUAUUAUAGAACGAAAAUUAAGAAGCGAUGAAUAUAAUCUUGAAAUAACGUAUGAAGUAACUAAAAAAUUUUUAAGGCAAUUGAAUAAUGCUGAUGUAAUAAUUGGUUAUCCUGAUUGGUUAGCAAAUGAAACAAUUGUAUCGAAAUUUUAUGAUAGACAUUUUCCAAUUAGUGAACUAUAUUAUGCAAAUCAAAUUAAAUUUGUCGAGAUUUUAUUAAAGAAUAAACUGAGAUCGUUUUAUGAUUACAGUGUGCCUAUAUUUGAUUAUACGAUUGGCAUUUUUAAUUUCUAUGUUAAAAGUUAUUCAAGUCCGAAAACAUUUUUAAAAUCAUUUACUCAAGAGAGUAUUGAAUUUUCGAGAGACUUCAAACAAAUAAUUUUUCCACCCCGAGUUUUCAGUGAAAAUACAUAUAAGUUUCUCAGUGCGCAAUUAUUCGAUCCAAUUAAUUAUGGAGCAGCUGGAACAAAUAUCGCAUCGAAAAUAUAUUUGGAAUGGCUAAGAAGAAUUACGUAUGCUCGGUAUGCACCAAAAUGUGUUUUACACCAGAUGCCAAGCGACUUGGAUAAACGAAGGGCCGACGAGUAUCUUUUAAAAGCCACUUCGUAUUUACUUGGACUUCGCACGGCAUACGAGGCAUGGCCUACUAAAGAUUCUUAUCCCAUACAUUUUCAGAAAUUUGGAGCCAUUACGGAUUAUCGGGUAUUUUUUCUCUCGUUCGCCGAAUCGAUGUGCAGAACACCGGUGGCACGAGAAGAAAUAAAACCUUAUGCUUUUAUUAAUUUUGUUGCAUCGAACGCCAUAGAAUUUACAGAAGCUUUCCAGUGUUACAAGCGUCACGCAAUGAAUAGACAAUAUAAAUGCAAUCCAUUAAAGCGUUCCUUAUGAAAAUAAUAAUAUUUAUUUAUUUCAUCUAAAUC